AUGGCCUUCAACAUUGCAUUCGCUACCUGCGGCAUUGCCGGCGCCUCCACGGGGCUGGGAAAGAAGAUGAAUUAUUUUACAGAUAUACCGGACGACCUGAAAGACUCGCUGCGCUUCUGGUGGGCUGGCCCGAUAUUCUACGCUCUGACGGGCACUGCCGGCAGGACUUCUAUUGCGAUUUCACUUCUGCGUAUCACUGUCGUCCGCGUACACCUGAUCAUUAUCUAUGCAAUGAUUGCUUUGAGUAUUGCGGUUGGUCUACUCUUCUUCUUAGCAAAAACAAAUUUUCUUUUGCUCAGCCAAUACGUUGCAUGCUAA